CACUAAAUAUAGCAAUUGUACCUAAAAUUUGAUGAUUUAAUACUAUAAAUAAGACUUUAAUAAAUAAAUUAGUGAAAUACGGAUUCGUUCGAUGCCGUAGCCAUGGAGUGGCGGAAGUGACGUCGUUCAAACAAAGAUGGCGACAUCCACGAAAAAGAGCUCCACUCAAAGCGAUUUGAGAAAAUUAAUGAAAGAGAGGAGGAGCGAGUUAAUUACUAAAGGAAAACAACGAAUCGAUUCGCCUUUGGCAAAAUAUAACAGUACUGGACAAUUAACGUGUAUUGUUUGUGAUGUCUCCCUCAAGAGUGAAGCUUUAUGGUCUGUUCAUAUAACAGGAAAGACACACAAAGAAAAAUUAGAGGCCUUGAAAAGGCGACAGAUAAAUACAGAGAAACCUUUGAAGCCCGAAAUAAAAAGAAAACAUGAAGAUACUCAAAUAGAAGAAGAUGAAAUAAAAGAAAAAUUGCCCAAAAUUUCAGAAGAAUCAGCAGUUUGUUCUGAUAGGAUACCAAAUUCUAAUGCUAAAACGAAGUCACCUGCUAUAUUUUCAGAAGAUUGUUCUUUGGAAGAAAAUACUACAAAGGAAUCCUUAGCAGAAUUGUCUAAUCUUCCUAAAGACUUUUUCGAUGAUGCAACGAAGGAACAAAUAACGCCCAGUACAAUGACAAAAGAAGUGGAAAGACUAAAAUCAAAUGAACUGCCAGAAGGAUUUUUUGACAAUCCUAUAUUAGAUGCCAAAGUGAGAAAAGUCGAAUAUAAAGAUCCGAUGGAAGAAGAAUGGGAAAAAUUUAAAAAAAUAAUGGCUGAAGAAUCAAAUCUAUCUCAGGCCAUAAUCGAAGAGGACAUGCAAGAGAGCAAUGUGGAGAGGGAAAUUACGGAAAUCGACGAACAGAUCCAUCGUUGGUCCAGAGUGGAGGCAUUACAGGAGCGAAAGGAGGAGCUGAUGAAGUCCAAGAGCGGGGAAGAAGAAGAACGAGAAGAGGAGGAAGGAAGCGCCGAUGAUGGCGAGUUCGAAGAGUUUCUGGAUUGGAGAUCCAAGCGACUCUACAAGAAGUGAUUCCAUUUAAAUCCGCUCCACUGUAAAAUACGAAUUUUCAAUAAAUAGCCACCCGACUUUUAAACGGGUUCCUGGUUCGAUUCUCGCCGACGCGCGUGCUCCUUC